CUCCCCACAGGUGGUGGCGGGAAUCGCAAAGGCAAAAGCAAGAAAUGGCGGCAGAUGCUGCAGUUCCCCCACAUCAGCCAGUGUGAAGAGCUGCGGCUCAGCCUCGAGCGUGACUACCACAGCCUGUGCGAACGGCAGCCCAUCGGGCGCCUGCUGUUCCGCGAGUUCUGCGCCACGAGGCCUGAGCUGACCCGCUGCGUCGCCUUUCUGGACGGGGUGGCCGAGUACGAAGUGACCCCCGAUGAGAAGCGGAAGGCAUGUGGGCGGCGGCUAAUGCAGAAUUUUCUGAGCCACACGGGUCCCGACCUCAUCCCUGAGGUCCCCCGGCAGCUGGUGACCAACUGUGCCCAGCGGCUGGAGCAGGGGCCGUGCAAAGACCUCUUCCAGGAACUCACCCGGCUGACCCACGAGUACCUGAGCGUGGCCCCUUUUGCCGACUACCUCGAUAGCAUCUACUUCAACCGCUUCCUGCAGUGGAAGUGGCUGGAAAGGCAGCCAGUGACCAAAAACACCUUCAGGCAGUACCGAGUCCUGGGGAAAGGCGGCUUUGGCGAGGUAUGUGCCUGCCAGGUGCGGGCAACUGGCAAGAUGUACGCCUGCAAGAAGCUGGAAAAGAAGCGGAUUAAGAAGCGGAAGGGGGAGGCCAUGGCGCUGAAUGAGAAGCAGAUCCUGGAGAAAGUGAACAGUAGGUUUGUAGUGAGCUUGGCCUACGCCUACGAGACCAAGGAUGCACUGUGCCUGGUGCUGACGUUGAUGAACGGAGGCGACCUCAAAUUCCACAUCUACCACAUGGGCCAGGCCGGCUUCCCGGAAGCGCGGGCCAUCUUCUAUGCCGCAGAGAUCUGCUGUGGCCUGGAGGACUUACAUCGGGAGCGCAUUGUGUAUAGGGACCUGAAGCCAGAGAACAUACUGCUGGAUGACCACGGCCACAUCCGCAUCUCCGACCUGGGGCUGGCUGUGCACGUGCCUGAGGGCCAGACCAUCAAGGGCCGCGUGGGCACCGUGGGCUACAUGGCUCCGGAGGUGGUGAAGAACGAGCGGUACAUGUUCAGCCCCGACUGGUGGGCGCUCGGCUGCCUCCUGUAUGAGAUGAUUGCCGGCCAGUCGCCCUUCCAGCAGAGGAAGAAGAAGAUCAAGCGGGAGGAGGUGGAGCGGCUGGUGAAGGAGGUGCCCGAGGAGUACUCCGAGCGCUUCUCGCCUCAGGCCCGCUCGCUCUGCUCCCAGCUUCUCUGCAAGGACCCUGCCGAGCGCCUGGGGUGCCGUGGGGGCAGCGCCCGCGAGGUGAAGGAGCACCCCCUCUUCAGGAAGCUGAACUUCAAGCGGCUGGGAGCCGGCAUGCUGGAGCCGCCCUUCAAGCCUGAUCCCCAGGCCAUCUACUGCAAGGAUGUUCUGGACAUUGAGCAGUUCUCCACAGUCAAGGGCGUGGAGCUGGAGCCCACCGACCAGGACUUCUACCAGAAGUUUGCCACGGGCAGCGUGCCCAUCCCCUGGCAGAACGAGAUGGUGGAGACGGAGUGCUUCCAGGAGCUGAAUGUCUUCGGGCUGGAUGGUGCCGUUCCCCCAGACCUGGACUGGAAGGGCCAGCCGCCCGCGCCCCCCAAGAAGGGACUGCUGCAGAGACUCUUCAGUCGCCAGGAUUGCUGUGGGAACUGCAGCGACAGUGAGGAAGAGCUCCCCGCCCGACUGGAGCUCCCCACCCGCCUCUAGCCCCCAGCCCGAAGCCCCUGCCGGCGGCUGGCGGUAGCAGCCACUCCGACUGCUGCUCACGGUUUUGCACAGUGGUCUUCCCCGUUGUCCCCUCAAGUCGCGGCCUAGGGACACAGCCGGAGCUGCCCGUGUCCUCAGCCCCUGGCCCGGCUGAGUCUGGCGAGGCCUGGGCCAUCGCUGGGACAAAGGUGCGUCCCUCCAGCUCCUUGGAGGAGCUCGGGGCUUUCCGUAUUUAUGUAUUUGUUCGAAUGUA